AUGCCGUCACCGACAAAUUCUCAGGCAUCGUCAGGUGCGCGCUUUGCUCUCUUGCCCAGGCAGCAGGAUGUGAGGGCCACGGAGAUAGACAAGGUGGAUCUGCUCGCCUCCUUUCGCCCCGGCGACCUCAUUCGAGCCCAAGUGCUCUCAUUGGGGGAUUCCAGAGCCUACUUCCUCUCCACAGCCAAGAAUGACUUGGGGGUCAUUCUGGCCAAAGGGGUCGCAGUGCCGUGUACAGCACAGCAUCCUCUCCGCGUUGUCGUGCGCUACCGUGCAGUGCUGUACACGGCACUGCGUCCUCUCUGCGCUGUCCGUGUACAGCACUGCACAGUGCGUUGUCUGCAUCCUCUCUACGCUUCGGUGCAACUGCCUUCCCGUGCCAGCAAAGAUAACCACAAGUACAUCUCCAGGAACGGCGCUUUGGUUGAAGCUGACGAUGAAACCGACACUGCUACGCCCGACCGCCGUCAAACCGGACCACGGUCAAAUCAAGCUCGACGGAGACUGAGUGCCGGGUCAGGCCCUGGAACCCCGGGUGCGGGGGGGAAGGGUUCUGCGCCGCAGGCGGCGGCGAAAUCCGCCCAGCCUUCUCCCGCCGAAGCUGCUCCCGGCGAUACACCUGAAGGCGAUGGUGAGCGUGGUCCCCGUGCUGCAGCGACUGUGGCUGCAAACGUGAUGCAGCCGUCGCUACUGAUGAAGCGGGUGAUGCUGCUGGUGAGUCAUUGUUUGCAGCUCGUACCAAGCUACACCCGCGACUUCAUGUCAUUAAUUGUUCUUUUAUUUCGGUUUCCUUCUCCAACAGGCAAAGCUGGAGAUAGCCCGAUGGAGUUGGCGAUGACCCGGGCGCGUGGAAAGGCCUAUGCCACUGAGGCUGUACGUUUUCGCGAGGAGGGAAGGCAGCAGUUGGAGGUGAAUGAUGAGCUUCAACUCAAGCUUGCCGACCAGGAAAAACAAGUCGAGGAACUUAAAGCUGAGCUUCAAAGCCGGGAUUCAGACCUGAAGGACGCGCUUGCACUGCUGAAGCAUCUGGCGCAGAAGCUCGCUGAGGAUCAGCUUGGGAAACUGAAUUGGCGGGCCCACAUCAAAGAGGCAUGCGACGAUUUCCUCUUCAAGCAGGAGUCGUUGAACCUGUCACCCGAUCCUGAACAGAUGCUCGCUGCUUUGAUCAUGUUACUGGGCAUCCCCUGGCAUGUCGACAAGGAGGGGAAGCCGUUUUCCAGCCCUGCGUUUGUGAAGUGCGCGAGGCUGUGGGAUUCGAGUGGCGACAUGCCUGUUGCUCUGUUUCCAGUUCAGCUGCUUGUCAUCCUUGCAGCGGUGAGGUACAAGUUCCGCCAUCCCAGCGCCACGAGGUCCCAGUUGGAUCGGUCUGGAGAUCCUGGUGCCCUUGCCAGGCAGGCACGUGUAGUGCAGCGCUGGAUCAACAGCAGUGAUGUCACUCGGAAGGACGGCUGCCUUGGGAUUGGCAAGCUGUGCAUUGUUGGCUGGAAGGAGAUUCCAGAGGAUGAGCUGGCGGCAGACGAGUACGGGGAUGAGGGUCUGGAUCUGACGAGCAACAUUGAUUCGCAGGAGCAGGAUUAUGAUGAGGAUGAGGAGCAGCCUGAGCUUUUUUAG